AUGAGACCUUUACCCCCUCUUGAUGAGACCUUUACCCCCUCUGAUGAGACCUUUACCCACUCUGAUGAGACCUUUACCCCCUCAAUGAGACCUUUACCCACUCUGAUGAGACCUUUACCCCCUCUGAUGAGACCUUUACCCACUCUGAUGAGACCUUUACCCACUCUGAUGAGACCUUUACCCACUCUGAUGAGACCUUUACCCACUCUGAUGAGACCUUUACCCACUCUGAUGAGACCUUUCCCCCCUCUGAUGAGACCUUUACCCCUCUCUGAUGAGACCUUUACCCCCUCUGAUGAGACCUUUACCCCCUCUGAUGAGACCUUUACCCACUCUGAUGAGACCUUUACCCACUCUGAUGAGACCUUUACCCACUCUGAUGAGACCUUUACCCUCUCUGAUGAGACCUUUACCCUCUCUGAUGACCCCCUCAAUGAGACCUUUACCCCCUCUGAUGAGACCUUUACCCACUCUGAUGAGACCUUUACCCUCUCUGAUGACCCCCUCAAUGAGACCUUUACCCCCUCUGAUGAGACCUUUACCCUCUCUGAUGACCCCCUCAAUAAGACCUUUACCCACUCUGAUGAGACCUUUACCCACUCUGAUGAGACCUUUACCCUCUCUGAUGACCCCCUCAAUGAGACCUUUACCCCCUCAAUGAGACCUUUACCCACUCUGAUGAGACCUUUACCCACUCUGAUGAGACCUUUACCCACUCUGAUGAGACCUUUACCCACUCUGAUGAGACCUUUACCCUCUCUGAUGACCCCCUCAAUGAGACCUUUACCCCCUCUGAUGAGACCUUUACCCACUCUGAUGAGACCUUUACCCUCUCUGAUGACCCCCUCAAUGAGACCUUUACCCCCUCUGAUGAGACCUUUACCCUCUCUGAUGACCCCCUCAAUAAGACCUUUACCCACUCUGAUGAGACCUUUACCCACUCUGAUGAGACCUUUACCCUCUCUGAUGACCCCCUCAAUGAGACCUUUACCCCCUCAAUGA